GCCAUCCAAUCCAAAAACGCCGUGUGUGCCUCGUUGAGGAAGAUGCGUGAGCAGCACCCUGGAAAAACAAAAGGCAAACCUGCGUUGAUCUAAAUGCCUUCCAAAGCAACGCGCUGUUAACUAACGUUGUUUUUCCCAGCUGCAGAGUGAGGGCAAUGCGAUAUUCCGGGUAGACAGCGAUUAGAGCAGCUGAUAAACCACGGGCGAAGGACUGACCGAACACGGAAACUGAGGCGCCCUGCGGCGCGGGGAGGGCAGUGGUGACUGGAAUCCUUCAGGUGUGCCAACGCACACCAGCAGCAGGACAACAGUUCACUAGGCAGGAGGAUUUUUUUCGUACCUAAAGCUUUAAAUAGGGUGAGGUAUAAUUUCUCCAUUUUCCCUAAUAGCCUGCAGGAAGGCACAGGUCUGGGUCUGCCUCGUUUUUCUGCUGUGAGAAGCCAAUUGCCUAAGGAUGGGGAGUAGGAGAACAAUCCCAUAACCUGCUCAACGGUGGCUGAAGUCCAGGAUUAUGUGCAUUUUGUGAGGAUGUUUUUAAUGAAGAAGGAGAUUGUAAUAUAGUUUUAAUGUCUCUUGUAUUACUUGUUUUUCUUGCUUCGGUAUUUGAAGCUAAGGGAUUUUUCAAAUCUCCCAAAGUAUUUUUUAAUUAGUGUUUUGCUGUAAUUAUGUGAAGGCGUGAUUUGUCACUCCAUAAUUGUCAGAGUUCUGAAACAGAUAAAUAUACCAUGACACUGUCAGAAACAACUGAUUUUAUAAGAAUGUUUCCAUUAAAUGCUAACAGAAUAAGACAAUUCAGAAAUUCUGAUAUCCUGUUCCUUUCUUACCCAGCCUCUAUAUACACAAGAUUCUUGCAAGCAAAUUAGUAUCCAUUUAUAAGCUGAAAAAAAGACCUUUUGCAGAUACUUAGCCUAAACUAUCCUAACCUCUGUUAGACAUAACCCAUCUUAUAGUUUGUGGAUUUUGUUAACAAAUGAGCAAGUAAAUAUAUGCACACAUUUUGAUGUGGUGGUCUACAAAACUUUUGAUCAUCCAGAGCUAGAACACCAAGUGUAAGCUCACAAUCUAAACAGAAGAAACUUAACCUGUUUACAAAGCCACAAAAAUGAAAGAGUAGUUUGGUUAUAAGAUCAUAUUUCUAAGGAACUACUUUGUAUUCACCAUUCUUGCAUUCAUAAAAUUUAUGGAGGUCACACUUUGCUCAUUUAACCACGGUGUCACUAAAUGCCUAUUCCAGUUCUAGGCCUUGCUUAAAGGAAGCCACAUGGAGAGGGCAGUGAAGCUGUGCUGGAGUACAGACAUGGCAAGUUAGCCAUGAAAAAAAACAUGAAAUGAGCUCUCUGUAUAUGGGUUUGCAUAAUAAAAGUUCCAGGUUUUUAUUACCCUUCUUUUGUUCUCUCCAUGCAAGCAUACUCCUAACAGCCAUUACCUGCAUGUCUUCAGCAUUUAUUGGUCAUUUUGAACCUCAGCAAGAACUUCAAAACAAAUAUAUCUUUAAUAAUCUGCUCUCAAGAUACAUCACUAAGGAGUUGUAGCCUUCUCAGCACUGUUUUUGAUCAAUACUUUAUUGCGUGCUCUUUCACGAUGAAGGCCAUGGAGGAUCAAGUAGUCCAAGAAGAACCAGGAUACCAGGAUGAUGAGGAAUCCUUUUUUCAGGAUAUUGACCUGCUGCAGAAGCAUGGAAUUAACGUAGCAGAUAUUAAAAAGCUGAAGGCAGUUGGGAUUUGCACAAUCAAAGGAAUCCAGAUGACCACAAGAAGGGCACUGUGCAACGUGAAGGGGCUCUCAGAGGCCAAAGUGGACAAGAUUAAAGAAGCUGCAAACAAGCUUGUUGAACCAGGCUUCCUCACCGCUUUUGAGUACAGUGAAAAACGGAAGAUGGUAUUUCAUAUUUCCACUGGCAGCCAGGAAUUUGAUAAACUUCUGGGUGGUGGGAUUGAAAGCAUGGCAAUCACUGAGGCCUUUGGAGAGUUCCGGACAGGCAAAACCCAGCUAUCUCACACUCUUUGUGUGACAGCUCAGCUCCCAGGACCAGGCUACACAGGUGGAAAGAUUAUCUUCAUUGAUACUGAAAACACUUUCCGACCAGACCGCCUGCGUGACAUUGCUGAUCGCUUCAAUGUUGACCACGAGGCAGUGCUUGACAACGUGCUGUAUGCACGUGCAUACACCAGUGAGCAUCAGAUGGAAUUGCUUGACUAUGUAGCAGCCAAGUUCCAUGAGGAAGCUGGUAUCUUCAAGUUAUUGGUACAAGACUUCUGUAUGCUUACUGUUCUCAGAAUAAGUGUUCCUGUUUUCUUUUGCUAUAUUUACUUACCUAGCAUGAUUACAAUGCAGAUCAUUGACUCCAUAAUGGCACUUUUCCGUGUGGAUUUCAGUGGUCGUGGAGAGUUGGCUGAACGACAACAGAAACUAGCUCAGAUGUUGUCAAGGCUCCAAAAAAUAUCAGAAGAAUAUAACGUGGCUGUGUUUGUGACCAACCAGAUGACUGCUGACCCAGGAGCAACCAUGACCUUUCAGGCAGACCCAAAAAAGCCCAUCGGGGGCCACAUCCUUGCUCAUGCUUCCACUACCAGGAUCAGUUUGAGGAAAGGGAGAGGGGAGCUGCGUAUUGCCAAGAUCUAUGACAGCCCUGAGAUGCCUGAAAACGAAGCCACAUUUGCAAUAACUGCCGGAGGGAUUGGGGAUGCCAAAGAAUAGGUUGAAAAAUGAUGUAAAUGUACAGCUAAAAACCAGCUGGGCAGUUGAGAUGAAGAUUUGUGAAAGCUCAACAACUACCUGGCUGCAUUUGUAGCUUUUUGGAGAUAUUUAAGAUAUUUUGGGAGAAAACUGGGAUGGGCUUCGUACAGUUCGCUUUUGCUGAACUAAAAUUUUGGUCAUUUAGGAUUUUUGUUUUUCAGUUGAACUUUUAGCACACAAAGAUUUAAGCCAUUAGAUUGUGAAUUGUUCUUAGAAUCCUUUUCCUACCUUGUGUGAAAAUCAAACCUGUCCUUUGAUAUGGGAGUGAAUGUACUCUUUCUUAAUUUAUUUCAAAGAGAGUGUCUAAGCGGAAGAAUUUAACAGUGUGAAAUGCAACAGAACUGGAAUAAACUCAGUUAUAAAAUUGACAUAUAUAGAUGGAAAAGGCAGUGGGAGGAACAACAGCUCAAGAACUUGAUGGAUUUUCACGUACUGUAGAGGAACAAGUUUUAAGAAUAUGUUUUUAAACAUUUUUAUCUUGACUAGAUAAUGUUCAUGUUUUUAUUUAGCAUUUUCUACUUUUUGGACAGAAUGUUUUAAACCUGUUCUUAUUAAAGUUAAAAAUAAAGACUAUG